AUGGAUCAAAGUGUAAUUACGAAGCUGUCAAAACCUCGACGCAAGCCAGUCGACCUGCCUAGCAAAGCCACAAAAACUGACCAUGUCGGUCAAAACACCACAUCACAGCAGUUAGAUGUCACUUCGUUGAUAUCGCGCUUAGAAGUGUGGCACCUUGCAGAGACAGCUCCUGAUCCAUCUGCGGCAGAGAAAUUCAUCAACAUCGCCGAGCUUCGAAUUAUGCUCUACAAUGGGAUGGCCAAUUCUGCUUCAAAUCCAGUCCGUAGUUUCUCUGAAUUCUUCCUUGCGUCUAAGACUGUGUAUGCCGAAGCUGAGACUGAGGGUGUCAAGUUCCGCAUAAAGUACAUCGAAGCAGAAGAGGCAAAGUGGUCGAGGUUCUACGGAGAUAACUUCUUCAUCGGUAGGCCGCACGGCUUCCGCGACCUGAACACUGCUACUGUCAAACUGUUCCGUGAAAUUUUCAGGGGUAUUGACACUGGUGAUUGCAAAACCAGUUUCGAGUGCAACUACGGUCGUUUUCGAGCACAAUGUGUCUUGUAG